AUGGUCACCCGGUAUCAGGACAUGACUGUAAGUACCUAGAGUACCUUCCAACCUACCUUGCUCUCUUGUGCCGGCUUUAAUCUUCCUUCUUUGGACCGAAAGCUUGUGUUCUUUUGCCAAUGUUGAUUCCAUAUGUCGGUUAUUUUACGUCCAACCUACCGGUCUUAAGUAUAUCGUCUUGCCCAAUUGGGAAUAAGCGGUUACCUCAGCUCAUCCGCAAAUGACGAAUGCAAGCUGCUCUUUAAGUCUGCCCUCGUAUCUGGUGAAUAAAUAGUUGCGGAUCAGCAGGGACGACGCCACGACGGCUGCCUACAGGGCCCGGUAAAAGCACUAUGUCAUGACGACCAGGGCUUGCUUGCUAUCGCAGCUUUUCGGUUAGGUUCCUGAGCCAAGGCGCUAGAGGAGACGACCUCAAAUACGCAGUCCGAGCGACUGCUAAGACCCAUUACUACUGGAAAUCCUCAGAAAACCCCAUAAGGCCGGUUGGACCAUGCACGAUCACAACUGUGCAUGCAAGAUUAGCUCUGGUUUGUGCACUUUGAAAACCCAAGUUAGUCGUAUAAUCAACUUGAAUAUUUUCAAAGCCUAAUCAGCCUGUUCCUAAGGUGCUUCUUUAUAAAUAGAGGAUUCGUGGUCUUUAGAACUGUGUCAAAACUUUCAAUUGUGGCAUUGUGACUACCCUCUUCCCUCAUCGCGUAUAGGCGUUUCUAAAUCCUGGAAAUGUCCCUUUAAGAUCGCUCGCCCAGAGAGUCAACUUGGUGUGUUGGCCGUUCUUAGUACUCAUUUAAUGCUCUAGAAGUUUCUAACGACGGAAUAUUUCUAUAGUUGGCAGUCGAGGGUCGGGGCUUCUUGACGAUUCCUUCCACCCCAAUCCGUUUAAUACAAAUUAGGCGUAUUAAGCUCUACCUUGGUGUUUCGCAUCAAGCUCGGCUGGGAGACAUUAUAUCAGUAUUGGAAUCCAUAUCAAAUUUGGUUACAAUCAACCUCACCACCGACUCGUAAAGACUUUUUUGAUAACUCCCUCAACUAUUUCUCAGUGUCUUGCCGGGUUUGAAUAGUCUUACUAACCCAGUUAAGAGAAAUUCAUCGGCCUUGGCGGGAUUCGAACUCACAUCAGAAACAGCAGUGUUUUACUAUUACCAACGCUCUUUCCAUCUGGUUUGCGAGGCCUCAACCGUUAGUGCCGAUUAACAUUUGUCCUGGUUGUACCAGAGUCUUGCCCUUUCCAUCGCCGGUUCGAACUUCGCCGAGAUGGCCCCAUCUUUCACAACUGGGUUAUUUGAGUCAUCGAGUUGUUGUCGUCAUUCGCCUAUUUUAAUUAACUUUCUCUAACAGCAAACCCUCCCCUAUUCUUAUGGCUAUGUUUACAGUCAUGACAUGCUGCACAUUAUGCGGCAUUAUCAGUCUUUCUCCUCUCAAGUUAUUUCGUAUUGCCUUGAAACCGCAAGCUUCAUAUACUAAUUGUAUCGGAAGCCAAUCAUCCAUCUAUAGCUCAUAAUUUCGGUAAUGAGCACGACUCAUGCAAUAAAUGGUUGCCAGGUAUUCUUUUUCUCGUAAUGAUAGCAAAGUCGUUCGGAAAGAGUCGAAAUUACCAUCAUCUGCGCGACACCUUUAGAUUUACAAAGUAACUGUCCAGCUGAAGUUGCUUUAACCGAUCGUGGUAUCCUAUUUGAUACUUACAUCUGUUUAACCGACAACGACGACCAAAAGACGAAUUGUGGAGGCAGUAAACUAUCCUUGACCGUACUAUUAUUUUAAUUUUUUUCAGAUUUGCCAGUUUAAUUACGUUGGCAACCAGGCUACUCCACCCGUUUACCUUACCGUCGUCGGCACCAGUGUCUGUGAUUUAGGUACGCUUGCUUUUUUCUCUAAUUGUUCGCAGUAUUUUCGUAAGAAUUUAGUUUUCUGGAAUACAAAGUUAGCACUAAGGACACUUUUAACCCUGUGUAAGCUGGUUUUCUGCCUCUCAGUGACCACUUUUUGUAUUCAGUUUGUAGAACUGGUCAUUUUCUCGUUAAAAGUGUCAUCUGUACAUUUCACUGCAACACGUCGCAGUAGGCUGCACAGACAACGUGACCCAAAUGUGACUUAGCUCACGGCUCCCGGUGGGACGUCGUAGCUUGGUGGCUGGCUGUGCUCAAGCCUUCCGCCUGCUGUCGUGGGUUUGAGUCCUACCGAGGUCCGCGAGUUCCUCACAGUCAAAAUGAACUCUGAAAUGUUUAGUUUCAGGGUACCAGUAGGUCCGAGUAGAAAUUUACUUAGCAUCUGUUGACAUGACCUAUAGCGGUAACUCACCUCUCUAUUCAACUUAUGUCUUCCUUCUGGGGGUCGUCGUCUAAAUUUCGCCAAAGUCUCCUCGAUUCAGUCUGCAGCAGCCCAGUUCACUCGAAGAAAUCAAGGCUAAUAAGCAGCAUACCUGCCUCUUGAAUUCGUGCCGUCAUCAUCAACUGGCGCUUCAAAAACCACAGCCUGUCUUUGUUGGUCAUCCCCCUUAUGACACUGUGCUCGUCUCCGCUGCCUCACUGAGGAGUCACCUACCGUAUCAAAUGUAGUUUAGCAUCUACAGGGUGGGGAUCAGGUUGUUCGUGGCACGCGUAGACGGGUGGUCCAGUUUUGUCAGUCCAUAUCCUGUCGUCCUGAUUUUUCGUGUUAUGCAAGGUGUAUGAUAAAAGUCCAUUUUACUACCAUUUUACCAUUUUACGUGCAAGUCACUACUGCUGUGCCAGAUUCUUAGGUCAGUAAUGGUCGCGGUCCACGACAGUCGGAUUACCAAGCUUUUCGGAUGGGGGUUACCCAUGAGGAUCAGUCGUAGGUCGGCAUAUGUUCAAAAUUGCCAUUCAAUGCUUACGUCUCGUAUUGGAUUAUUGUUUCCGUCGCUGUUUUCUCUCUUGCACUAGGUUUGAUUACUUCACUCGAGCCCGCCCUACGUCCGAUGCUGAUCCGUUUGGCCUCAAAGGCAUCGUCUCGCUUCCAGGCUGAGGCGGCAAUGUUACGCAAUUCCGGUGGACCCUAUUAUAGGGUGUGA